AGAGCACCCUGGCCAGGGCCAUUAGAAGGGAGUGUGGAAGCAGCAGUGAGCCGCUGGGCACCUACGCCCAGGGUGGGGGGAUGUUUUUGGGGAGGCUUCGGGGGCACCCACAGCCAGUGUGGGGGGUGCAGAGGAGCUUCUACAAUGCCUACAGUCAGAUAUGAUCAGAUAAAAACGGGAUUCUCGUCGAGACUCUGCCCAUUGUGUGGGUCUCUCGGAGCACGAGCAAGAUGCUGCCGCCGAGAGCCCCCCUCCCCGGGAUGGGGACUCCGCUUGCCUCGCCGCCACAGAUAACUUGGUCCAUGUCGUUUGUCCGUCUCAACCGCGACAUCUGGUGACCCCAACGUGAUCCUGCCUGAAGAGGAUCUUGCAUGACAAGGUGACAGCGUGAAGCUGUGAACAGCCGAAGAAGAGCUGUGGAGACGGAGCUCGGUACAGCUGAUAGAGCAGCCGAGGAGAGCUGCCGAAGAUCCGGAUCGUUGAAAAGACACCUCGCUAAGGAGUAGGUGAGCUACCGGGAACAUGGGGGGAAACUUAUCUAAAGAAGAGGGUACUACAUUAUCCACGUGGAAGCUGCUUCUGAAGAAGCAGGGUGUUAGCCUUCCGGAACUGACUUUAAGAAAAAUGUUACUAUGGGGCAAAGCACAAGGUUUAGAGGUUAAUCCUGUGACAGCAUUUAGUGUGUCACAAUGGAUGGAUUUGGGAGAUAAACUGUUUGAUAGUGCUACCCAAGGGUCCAAGGAAGCAACUGAACUGUUAACAAUGUGGCGCUUCUUAUUAGAUACUCUGAAAGAGUUAAAACAGCAACAGGAUAAGGCAGAGGUGGCGGAGGGGGAUGGUCUUCCUGGCUCAGCUGGGCCAGAUUCGGAGGAAAAGGCAAGAUUAAGUACUACUCCGACCCCCCCUGUUACUAAAGAUUCAUCAAAACCGCCCAACUCCAUAUUAUCUGACACGGAUAAGGGUCCGCGACACUUUCUUGGAAAGUUAAAAGGAACAGAGGAGGAGCGUACGUAUGUGUGGCUCCGAGAUCAGAAAAAAAUUAUGAAAGAGUCGUAUACAUAUGUGUGGCCCUGAGAUCAGAUAAAAGCUAUGGAAGACUCACAUGAAAGAACAGCGUUGGGUUAUAUAUGAUCUCGGGAGGGGCCCCUGGAGCACCAGUCAGAGCAGUGCGUUCAACCGACUGCUCCGCCGUCAUCAAUCAUGGCUCAAACCUCUGCUCUACCAUCAUCAACCGCGGUUCCGCCGUCUUCGUCACCGCCAUUAAUCACAGUUCAACCCUCUGACCCGCCGCUAUCAGUCGCGGAAGAAAAAAAUGGACAUUUUCUUUCCUGUCCCCCCUUGCCUGGAGAUUUAGGUGGGGAGGAUCCCCCUGUGGUGAGCCAGACCAAACCAAAUAACGUAAUUCCUAUAAAUUUGGGUCCCCCCAGACUGCCCCCACCCCCCUCCCACGCUGUUGCAGAUCAAAUCCCUGAGGGUGGGGGUAGAGUUUCAGAGCGUAAACCAAACUUACCAAAAAGCUGGGAUUUACCCCCAGCUUCGAUUACAGUUAAACCACGGGACCCUGUGCGUUUCUGGAAGAGGGUGAAGGCUAAAGCUCUGGAAAUAGGGGACUGGGAUUUAUCAGAAUCUAUAUCGGUUCCUACCCCUGUUACUGAGCUGCCACCCGUUGAACCUGUUGAAUCUAUGGCAUUUCCCGUCAUAUACCAUAACCCUGCAGGGGGGGAGCCCCAUGAGCACGUUUCUUAUUCCUGGAAAGUAAUUCAAGAUUUGCAAAAAGCCACUGCUCAGUACGGGCCUAACUCCCCUGCGGUUAUGCAGCUGUUACGUUUGUUAUCUAUGGAAGCUAUGACUCCCUACAAUGUUUCUCAGUUAGCUCAGGUUAUUUUUCAACCUGUACAGCUCUCAGUGUUUCGAAGUAUUUGGCAGCAAAGGGCUGAGGCACAAGCAGUGAUAAACAUACACUUCCCAGACACUGAUCCCCGUUCUGCUACUGGUGUGGAUGUAUUGAUGGGCUCGGGGCCGUAUAUUGAUCCGCGACUUCAAGCGCAAUGGCCUCCUCUAGUGCUUGAGCAAGUGAAGGCUGUAGGGAUCCAGGCUAUAAUUAGAACAGCAGAGCUGGCAGAACCAAACCAGAGAUAUACUGCUAUCAAGCAGGGUCCUAAAGAGCCGUUUCUUUCCUUCGCUGAAAAAUUACAAGCGGCUGUCGAACGUCAGGUGUUCGAUGCGAAUGUCCGGGGACUGCUAGUGAAACAGCUAGCUCGUGAUAAUGCUAAUACAGAUUGCCAAAAAGUGAUUGAAACUUUGCCAGGGGAUCCAACUUUAGAAGCAAUGAUUACUGCUUGUGCCAAGGUCGGUUCAGUGGAACAUAAAAUGACUGCACUUGCUGCUGCUAUGGCAGCAGCUAAAACACAAUAUCAAAAGUGCUAUGAACGCGGUCGGAAUGGUCAUGUAAGACUCAUCAGUCCACAUAAAAACAAACAGGCUUCAAAAGCUGUACACACACCUGUCUAUGAUACAGCCUCAGUAACUUGCUUCAAAUGUGGAAAAAAGGGACAUUUUUCUAAGCAGUGCCAUUCUAGGUAUCAUUCUAAUGGACAGCUACUGCCACAGGGAAACGACAAGAAGAGCAUGAAGGGGCGCGUGCAGACACAAAUGCCUCCUUCAACAACGCUUUGCAACCCUGGCAAUCUGUUUCUGGGGUCAGUGCACAUGCAGUCUUCUGCGACACACUAUCAGGAAAAACCAGCGGAGCACUGGGAUGGAUUUAUCCACCACCCACACAGUAACUAUAACAACUCAAGAGGUGCAUAAAGUGCCCCUGGAUGCUUGGGGGCCAAUUGGCAGGGGACUGAGUGCUUUGUUAAUAGGACGAUCAAGUAGUACCCUGCGAGGAUUAAUGGUACACGUGGGGGUUAUUGAUGCGGACUAUACAGGACAUAUUUGUGCCUUGGUUUCCACAGCGACAACACCUGUGACAAUACAAAAAGGAACACUUUUAGCUCAACUUGUGCCCUUUUUGAGUUCUGUUCCUAGGACUGAGCAAGUUCUUCGUGGGGACAAUGGACCUGGUUCAACUGGAAAGCCACUUAUUUUUUGGUCUCAAACAGUGUCAGAGAAAAGGCCACAAAUGGUUUGUACACUCAUAAUGAAUGCUUUUGUUCCCAGACAGGUGACCCUUACUGGACUGCUUGAUACAGGAGCAGAUGUCACUAUAAUUUCACAACAGGACUGGCCUCCUUCUUGGCCCUUGGUUUCAAAUGCUGUAGGUGUGAUGGGACUGGGUGGAGUCGCAAACAGUUUGAUGUCAGCUAAACCAGUAGUGAUUGCUAAUCCUGAACACCAAAGGGCUACAGUGAGACCUUAUGUGGCCCCAGCCCCGCUGAAUUUAUGGGGGAGGGAUUGCCUAGGGCAGUGGGGAGUACGGAUAACUAUGGAUUUUUAGCAGGGGUCACUGUGAUGUAGGGUGUUUCUCGGCCCACUUUAGCACUAAGAUGGUUAACUGAAAGACCAGUAUGGGUCAAUCAGUGGCCCCUUGCUCAGGAAAAACUUACAGCCCUGCAAUCUCUUGUGAUGGAACAGCUAGCUGCGGGACACAUAGAGGUCUCACAUAGCCCUUGGAAUACUCCUGUGUUUGUUAUCAAAAAGAAGUCUGGAAAAUGGAGAUUAUUACAUGACCUACGAAAGGUUAAUGAGGUUAUGGCAACUAUGGGAGCUUUGCAACCAGGUUUACCUUCUCCUACAAUGAUUCCAAUGCAAUGGGAAAUUGUUGCAAUAGAUUUGAAGGAUUGUUUCUUUACUAUUCCUUUAGCAGAACAAGACAUGGAAAAGUUUGCCUUUACUGUUCCAUCUGUAAAUAAUGGAGAGCCAGCGAAAAGGUAUCACUGGAAAGUGCUGCCACAAGGGAUGAAAAAUUCACCUACCAUAUGUCAAUGGUAUGUGGCAAAAGCUCUGAGUCCAGUACGUGCUUUGUUUCCGUCAGGGUAUUGCUAUCAUUAUAUGGAUGACAUUUUGUUGGCUGCAGCAACGCCACAAGAAUUGAGUGAAAUGGAAAAUAAAGCACGUGAGUCAUUAAAUCAGUAUGGGCUGGUUAUUGCACCUGAGAAGGUGCAAUGACAACAGCCAUGGCUUUAUUUGGGCAUGAAAAUUUUGGAUCAGAUGGUGACACCACAACCUAUAAAACUGCAAGUAAAAAUCAAAACACUGAAUGAUGUGCAAAAAUUGGCAGGAAUGAUCAAUUGGGUGAGGCCUUAUGUAGGAAUCCCCUCUUCUCAGUUGCAGCCAUUGUUUGAUCUCUUGCGAGGAGACACUAAUAUUUCUGCCCCUCGCACUUUGACAACAGAAGCACAGCAGGUAAUUGCGAAAAUUGAACAAGCAAUCAAUAGUAAGCACGUAUGGAGAAUUGAUUUGACAGUGUCUGUACAAGCAAUUGUUUUGAUUGAUCAAUGCAUUCCUUUUGCUAUGAUCGCACAAUGGCAUGAGAAGUGGGGAGAUCCUCUACGUAUUUUAGAGUGGGUCUUUUUGCCAGCCAAAUCAAAAAAGACAGCCCCAGGUCUUUUUGAACUGGUGGCUCAGGUAAUUAUUAAAAUCAGAUUACGUUGCAUGGAAUUAAUGGCAAGAGAUCCAGAAACAAUCAUGCUUCCUGUGCAAAGUGAUUAUUUUGAGUGGUGUAUGGCUAAUAGUUCUGCACUACAAGCAGCUAUGAUGAAUUAUACGGGUCAAAUCAGUUAUCAUUUGCCCUCACAUCCAGUGAUUAAAUUAGGCAGUCAGGUAAGAUUUGGUCAGAAGCAAUUGAAUCAAUCAAGCCCAGUAAAUGGACCUACAGUAUUUACAGAUGGAUCAGGAAGGACGGGCAAGGCAGCCAUUGUUUGGAAGGAUGGGCCACAGUGGCAACAUCAAGUAGAAUAUCAGGAAGGAUCACCGCAAGUGGUCGAACUUAGAGCAAUGACCAUGGCAUUUCAGGCCUUUCCUGGCCCUGUGAAUAUUGUGAGAGACUCUGCUUAUGUGGCUGUGCUUGUACAACGGUUGUAUAAAGCUGUAUUGGGACAUGUGUCUAAUGAAAAGUUAUUUGGUAUUUUAAAACUGUUAUGGCUUGAAAUUCAGAAGCGUCAUCAUUAAUAUUAUGUCAUGCAUGUUAAAAGUCAUACUAUGUUACCAGGUUUCAUAAUAGAAGGAAAUGCAAAAGCAGAUUCUCUAGUUUCAGCAGUGACUUUAGGACCUGUUCCUGAUGUUAAACAACAGGCAAUAGCUUCACAUCAUUUCUAUCAUCAAGGCUAUCAUGCCUUGAGACGACACUUUGGCAUUUCAAAUUCCGAGGCACGUGCUAUUGUUGCUGCAUGCCCUGAUUGUCAAGGUCAGCAUAUUCCUUCUUAUUAUGGUACCAAUCCCCGUGGCCUUCGAGCUUUGCAAAUUUGGCAAACUGAUGUUACACAUGUACCUGACUUUGGGCGCUUGAAGUAUGUUCAUGUCUCUAUAGACACCUUUUCUUCUGCUAUCGUUGCCACUGCUCAUACUGCAGAAUCUGCACGAGAUGUAAUACGUCAUUGGCAGCGUGCAUUUUCCUUCUUGGGCAUUCCGCAACAGGUAAAAACAGACAAUGGCUCAGCAUAUGUAUCCCGAAAAGUUGCUUCAUUUCUACAGCUCUGGGGAGUAUCUCAUGUUACAGGUAUUCCUCAUUCUCCCACAGGGCAAGGUAUUGUGGAACGUGCUCAUGGAACACUCAAGCGUUUUCUUUUAAAACAAAAAGAGGGAAUGUUGGGUGAACCACCUGAUGCACGCUUGGCUAAAGUCACAUAUGUUUUAAACUUUUUGCAGGUUUCUGAUGAUGUCCAGAUGCCGCCCAUUCUACGUCACUUUUCCUCUUUAGUGGCUCAAGAAAGGGUGGGUCCAGGGGCAAAAGUGUUGGUGCGGGAUUUGCGCACAGGACAAUGGACGGGUCCACAUGAAUUAUUAACCUGGGGGAGAGGCUAUGCUUGUGUCUCUACAGAUCAAGGACCACAAUGGUUGCCUGCGCGAAAUGUGAAACCUGUGUUGCCUUCCUAAUGAUGAUUGCUGCAGCUGCUUCAUCUUGGAUGCCUGCACAGACAAAAACCAACAUGUGGAUUACUUUAGCCAACGUGACUGGCCAGGACUCCAUAUGCCUAGCUAUGGCAUCUCCGGAAAACCCGUUCCACACAUGCUUGGUUGGCAUCCCCCUUGAUGACUACAGCAGCAUCACACAAUUGUUUCAAAAUAGUGGUUGGUGCAGAGGCAUUGCAACAAACUGUAAUAAUACUAAUAUGGCACUCUGGAUUAACUGUCUCCCGGAAAUAGACAUUGAACCACAGGAACUGGAAUUGCUGGGAUCUGUGCCCAUGGACGCUUGUAUCCAGCUGGUUUGUGAAAAGUGCCAGGACAAUAUGCUAAAGCAUGAAUGGAUAAGAUUGCAAAAUGUUAAUGCUACCCUUCAUGACUACAGAAAUGAAACUCGUUGGUGCAAUGCCUCGCAGAAGAAUCCAAGGGGUGUUGUUAACAGUGUGGGACAGCGACCCCGAAAACUCCCGUAUGGUGUAUUCUUGAUCUGCGGAGAUAGAGCCUGGCCAGGAAUUCCUUCUAAUGCUGUUGGAGCACCAUGUAGUUUGGGACGAUUAACUCUCUUAAUGCCCAAUGUAUCCAUGAUAGUAGAUCACGGAAAAGCGACACGGGAAAAACGCUUUUUGCAUGCAUAUAAGUCAAAAUGUGAUGACAGAGUAGAUUCUUGGGGAUCAGGAUUAAGGGUUUUAGGAUCUCUUGUACCUGGUGUUGGCACAGCUAAAGCUCUAAAUACUUUAGAAAAAUUAGGAUGUUGGCUAGCUAAGCAAACUAACAGAACUUCUAAGGCUUUAAGUGGACUUUUGUUAGAUGUAGAUUCUGUAAGACAUGCUACACUGCAGAAUAGAGCUGCAAUAGAUUUUUUGUUAUUAGCUCAAGGGCAUGGGUGUGAAGAUUUUGAUGGUAUGUGCUGUAUGAACUUGUCAGAUCAUUCUGAGUCAAUUCAUAAAAGCAUACAAUUGUUGAAAGAAGGGGUACAAAAGUUACAAGUUGAUGAUGGAUGGGAUUGGUUAAAUAAAAUGUUUAGUAGCUGGGGGCUUUCGGGGUGGUUGUUAUCAGUAGUGAAAACAGGACUGAUCGUUUUGAUGAUUGUUGUGGUUGUGUUACUAAUGUUGCCAUGCAUGAUUUCUCUGCUGCAAAGGGCCCUGCAGCGGACAAUGAGGGCAGCAUUUUUAGCACAAAUACAAAAAGGGGGAACUGUGGGAAACUGCAGCGGGUCUGUGGAAUCCUUGACAGAAAAUAUGGGAGUAGAGAUCAGCCUUGAAGAUAUUAAGAUUUACCCUUGAGAAGGAUGGGAGUAAAGGAGUAUCCGGAAAUAUGGAGUUGUACACGUGAGAGAGGAGAGAUGUACCCGUGAGAGAGAAGGGGAUAGAAGAAUAACAUGGAUGAUAGAAAAAUUAACCAAUGAGAUGUUAGUGCUGUAACUUGUAACCAAUAGUGAAAAGACACAUGAACUGGUAGAAUUGUAUAAAAAUGCACUUGUAGCAAUAAAUGGCACCUAUUACUUUCAUCUUGAAA